AUGACUGGUAAAGAAAACCAACUAAAAAAAGAAAAUCAGCAGUUAAGGAAUGAAAUUGAAGAUCUCAAGAAGCAACUGGAUAAAUUGACUGAGGAAAUUGGACAUCGACGUGAAGAAAUCAAUCAUGAUGCUGGCAUCGAACAUGGCGGCGACACUGUGGGCAAAGAACGAUCAGUUGAGUUUGUUUCAGCUCAAUGCGAUGAUUUUGAAGCGUUUAAAAAGUACGCAUCGAAAGAACUGAAGCGUUUAAGCUCAAGGCUAAAUGUAAUUUCAGAUGCUUGCGAUAGAAUCUCGCAGUCAAUUGAUGGCUUCGAAAUGUACAGCUACCAAUUUAACAUCAAAGUUAUCGGUCUACCGUUGCUGGCAGCGAAAGAGACGACCGAGCAGACAGCUAACCUGUGUCUUCAACUAUUUCAUCAGAUGGGAGUGAAAGAUGUUUCGAUAAAUGACAUUGACAUUGCCCACCGAGUUCCAUCAAGGAAUCCCUCGAAUCGACCAGACGUAGUAGUUUGUAAAUUUGUUAGAAGGAUGGUAAAGGAAAAAAUCAUGGCGUCUAGGAAGACAAUAAGGAACAUAACAGCACAGCAACUAGGAUUUUCUUCAGAGAUUGAUGAGUCACCUCAAUAUUUACGAUCAUCUGACACCUCGUCUACAAACCCUUCUGUAUGA